AUGCCACCUUAUCUGUUGAAAAGAAGACUCAGACAUGUUCGCUCGAUAAGGAUUGACAACGUAUCUGCACCUGUGGAUAAGAACCCGGGUGCACAGCUUAGACCGUUCGAGGCAUCGUUCAUCGUAUUGGAAACAUUGAAGGGUGAACCUUUGUAUGUGAGUGAGGUCCAGAGUGGUUUUAUGCACAAUAUACAAUUUAAUGAGCUCCCGCAUCUAGAAGAUCCAAUUAAUCACAUAGUCCUCAAGAUUGCCGUAAAAAUCCCGAGCAGAACUGAAUUAUCAAGCUAUGUCAAUGAAAAUAGCUGGCUGGCAUUGCGGGUCUACGAAGUAGAUCUGAAUAAGCUGCAGAGCGUUAAUCCGAACGAUUUGAUUGACAGUUACAAUGCACCACUAUUUGAAAUGACUGAUGGCUUCUAUACACUCCCUGGCCUUCCAGCAGCACGGAUUGUCUCGGAUUUUUCUUCCCACAAACGAAAUGUCUCCAACAGCAGGUUCGUUCAGUCAUUUUCCUUUAAUUCAGCUCUAAAGGUCAAUAAAUUGAUAGAAUAUAAAACGCAAGUUAUGAUUGAGUGCUCUAACUCUGCGGCUAAGGUGGAAGAAAUUAUACUUUCUAAUAACAGAAGAGACCUUUGGCAAAUUAAAUGCAUAGCCAGAUUUAAAGACGAAUUGAAACGCUCAAUGCAGGAAAAAACUGUCAAUAUCUCAAUACUAGACGGAAAAAUCAGACCUAUUUUGAAAUUUAAUGAAAACGAACAGGCAGACAGACAAUCCCUGAAUGAUUAUUAUGGUAAUACGUAUCCAAAUCUAAUACAAACAAAAGAUCGCGUGGAUUUUUUGAGAAUUAAAAGGUUAAGCAAACUCAUAGGUGUUUUCAAAGAAACAUGCCUUUUUCGAAAGGAUUUUAGAUUCAUAAGCGUUGACGAGGAUACGUCCUCGCGUUCCUUGUACGAGAGAACUUCCCUCAACUUGAUUGACAAGAAAAGGAUCAUUAAGAUGGCAUCAACGAAUGAUGCCGAAAGAGAGCUAGUAAACACCUGCUUAGGUUACUACUUAAUUUUUAUCAAAUUGGUGGCCACAAAAGUCUAUGAUAUCCCAUUACCGUACUCCAUAAAUUAUUACGGAAGUACAUCUUUGAUCGGAGGAGAUGGUGCCCUUUAUCUAAGUGAUAGUGCUGCUCUAAAAAAUCCUGAAAACUUCUUAGAAGCAAUGGAUAAAUUCAAUAAAAACCUCAUACAGAUCAUCCAGCGUUGGGGGCACCACCGCUCACCAUAA